AUGGGGGAGAGCAGAGGGACCACAGGGCCAUGGAGAGCACGAGGGACCAUGAAGACCAGGGGAGCCACAUGGACAAGUGAGACCAGUAAGCUGAGGGACCUGAAGUCCACGGACCACAGGGCCAUACGCCCGUACGCACACAGCAGAGGCGGGCCGCUCUCAUCCCCAUCUCCUCGGCCCAACACGCUCUCAGUCAGACCCAUCCUCCAGCUCCUCUUGUCCGCCUGCUGCCCCCGCGUCGGCCGCCUCGCACUCACAGCCAUGUCCGGGAUCCUGGCCUGGUUCUGGAACGAGCGCUUCUGGCUGCCCCACAACGUCACCUGGGCGGACCUGAAGAACACGGAGGAGGCCACGUUCCCACAAGCGGAGGACCUGUACCUGGCGUGUCCCGUGGCGUUUUGCAUCUUUAUGGUCCGGCUCGUCUUUGAGAGGUUUAUUGCCAGACCAUGUGCGAUGGGGCUGAAGAUCCAAGCCAACGGGCCUCAGAAAGCCCAGCCCAAUGCCAUUCUGGAGAAGGUCUUCACUGCCAUCACCAAGCACCCUGAUGAGAAGCGGCUGGAGGGUCUGUCCAAGCAGCUGGACUGGGACGUGCGGACCAUCCAGCGCUGGUUCCGGCAGCGGCGUAACCAAGAGAAGCCCAGCACUCUGACCCGGUUCUGUGAAAGCAUGUGA